AUUGAGUCAAAAGUUGUUGAGUCCAGAGGACCAAGAAAAUGUGCCAAAGGAUUUCUAUAGUGUAAAAAAAAUGAUAAAUGUGCUUGGACUUGGGUACAAGAAAAUUGAUAUUUGUGUCAAUGAUUGCUUCUUGUACUAUGAUGAGCAAAGUAAGAAUUUAACUGCUUGUCCAGUGUGUGGAGAAUCUCGUUAUGAGCCAAGGAAUAUGUCUGCUAUAAGGCAGAAAGAUGUUCCAAGGAAAUCUUUAUGGUACCUUCCAAUUACCCCAAGAUUGCAGCGACUAUACAUGUCUAGAAAAACAGCAAAGCACAUGACAUGGCAUUUGAAAUGCCGUGAGGAUGCGGAUGAAGUUAUUCAUCCUGCGGGUAGUAAGGCAUGGAAACACUUUGAUGAAACCUACCCAACAUUUGCUGAUGAACCUAGAAAUGUUAGACUUGGCCUCUGUACAGAUGGUUUCAAUCCAUUUGGUUGCUCUGCAACGCCUUACUCUUGUUGGCCUGUUUUUCUUACAGUGUACAACCUUCCUUCUGAAUUGUGUAUGAAGUCAGAGCAUAUAUUUCUUGCCAUGAUAAUUGCUGGACCUAAAAGUCCAGGAAAAAACAUUGAUGUCAUGCUUAGGCCAUUAAUUGAUGAACUUAAGGAAUUAUGGACAAAUGGGGUUGAAACUUAUGAUAGUUAUGGCAUGUUAUCUGGAUGGAGCACACAUGGGAAGUUGUCAUGCCCUUAUUGCAUGGAGAACACUAAGGCUUUUCAACUUCAAUAUGGGAGGAAAACAUCAUUUUUUGAUUGUCAUCGUCAAUGUUUACCUCCUAAACAUCCAUUUCGUAGAGAUAAGAAUUUUUAUCUCAAUAGAGUUGAAAAAAGCCAUCCCCCCCCAAGCCUAGAUGGUACUUUGAUGGAAGAAAUGGUUAAUCAGCUCCCUGGCAUAGUCUUUGGCCAGCCACUUCGUAAACAUUCAAUUGCAGGAUUUGGUGUUUUUCAUAAUUGGGUGAAACGUAGUAUAUUUUGGGAAUUGCCAUACUGGAAGGAUUUAUUGAUUCGUCAUAACCUUGAUGUCAUGCAUUGUGAGAAGAAUUUUUUAGAUAACAUUAAAAAUACUGUCAUGGAUGACAAGGGUUGUAUGAAGGAUAACACCAAUGCUAGAUUGGAUUUACAAUUGUAUUGCAAUAGAUCUGAAUUAGAAUUGAUACCUCAAGAUGAUGGAACAGCUAUAAAACCCAAUGCUUCAUAUGAACUUCGAUUGUUUGGGAUGAAAAGUCAUGAUUGUCAUGUAUUCAUGCAGCGUCUCUUGCCAAUUGCUUUCCGUGAUUUCCUCAUAGAUGAAUGUGAGUGGUAUGAUAUCAACAAAGGCAUUGUCGUCCAUCCGACAUCUGGUAUAGUUGACAUAAAUCCUCGGUUUAAAUUACAAACAGAUGAACCAUUCAUAUUGGCCAGUCAAGCUCAACAAGUGUUUUAUGCCCGUUACCCAUCUCAAAAUCCUUGUAGAAAAGGGUGGUUUGCUUCAUGUAAGAUUAGAGCAAGAGCAAUAAUCGACACUUCAUCGUUGAGUGACGGUGGAAAUGUUUAUUAUCAAGACGAUGAUCCUCCUAUGCCACAAUUGGAGCAACCCACUGUUACUCAGCCACCAUUGGCCGAUGACCAGUUCACUGGUGAUGAUGCAACAAUGGAGGAGGACACUGAAGAGUGUAAUUUGGAGGCUGAGUUGGAUGCUGAGUAUGCUGUGCUUGAUCUUGAGUUAGAUGCUCAGUUGGAGGAGGAGCUAUCACGUGCUGUCUCGAAGAUAGGACGUGGCAUGGAUAAAGGAGAUGAUGCUCCUGCAGACCCGAGUCAAAGGAAGGUGCUUAGCCUUAAUCGCCGAGGCACAUUCAGCCAUGAGAGGUUUGGGAGGACUGCCAUAGUAAUUUGGAAGUACUUGUAUGAUGAGCCAGUGCUUUUCUGGUCUAGCUGGCCUGAGGAAAAGAAGAGGGUUGCUUGGGAGAAUUUUCAAAACGAUGCUCACCAAAAAUAUGUGGAGAAGCAUGGGCCAAACAAGGAUUCAUGGCCAAAAUGGGAUCCACUUAUCUGGAAGGAGGUGGUUGGACCUCCUAAAAAGGGUCAGAUGAAAGGGAUGUCUACAUUACAGGAUCCAGUAAAGCAUGGCAUCCCUUGGCGAUGGUAUGACAUGAGUGACGCCUCCUUUUCUACCACCAGGAUUCUUACGUCACAGGUUCAGCAAUUGCAGUUUGAGCUUACUCAAGUUCGGGAAGAAAUGGCUGAGCGAGUUCAGACAGAGGUGGCCGCACGUAUUCAUACAGAGGUAUCACAGAGAGUAUCAGAGAUGGAGGCCAACUUUGAGAGGAGAUUUCAGGAGCACAUGCGCUUACUUAGCCAGCAAUAUUCUAUGAAUGCUACACAACCCCAGACUGGUUAUCCUUCCUCUACACCACCCCAGAUUGCUGAUCCUUCUUUUGAAGGAUUUAGACUUGAUCACUUCCCACCUCAUAGUUAGAGACAUUGAUAUUUGAAACUUAUAUUAUAUAUGUUUAUAUAUAUGUACUGCAUAUGUGGAUAUAUGGUAUGUA